AUGGAAGUGAUAACAAACGUGGAGGACGACUGCGGGCAGACCACGAAGGCGAGCUCGACGUCGUCAACGCUUCGGUUUGGCGUGUCGGCCAUUCCAUCAUCAGUGAUCUCCACCGGCGACGAAGGCGAAGAAUCGUCCGAGGAGGAUGGCGCCUCGACUUCAUCCUCUUCUUCAAAAUCGCUCGCGAUGGAAAAAAUCUCGGGAGCCUCUACGUCGAAGAUCAUCGAUGCAAAUGCUGUUGUCGAUACUGGCGAGAAUGAUGAUGGUGAUGGUGAAACCUCGUCCACCCCAUCAGACCUCCUGCUGCCCGACUGGAAGACGCGAUCUCUCCAGCGCAAGCAGAAGGCGGCCUACUUGGCCUCGCAGUACCCGCCCGCCAAGCAGCGUCUCGACAAGGCCCUCUCCUUCAUCUACUGCUUCGUCAUGAUGCGCCUCUUCUACAACCUCCUGUCGUCGCUCUCGUCGCUCAGCUCGCUCGUCGCCCUCCUCUCGGCCUUCGCCCUCGCCGCCCUGUGGGCCGACUUCGUGUCGGGCAUGCUCCACUGGGCCUGCGACACCUACGGCUCCGUCGACACCCCCGUUGUCGGCAAACUCCUCAUCAGGUCGUUCCGCGAGCACCAUAUCGACCCGACGGCGAUCACGCGUCAUCCGUUCUUCGAGACCAACGGCAACUCGAUCCUGGCGACGCUGCCCUUCGCCGUGAUCCUCGCCUUCAACCCGCCCACCGCGGCCUCGGGCGGGUUCUACUACUUCCUCAUGUGCUACCUCACCUGCUCCACCCUCCUCCUCUCCUUCACCAACCAGAUUCACAAGUGGGCGCACUCGCACGAGCCGCCGAGCGCCGUCCGUGCCCUGCAGAAGAUGGGCGUCAUCCUCGAGGGCCGAGCGCACCAGAAGCACCACUUCCGGCCGUACGACCGCGACUACUGCAUCACCACCGGGUGGCUCAACCCGCUCUUCGAGAAGAUCGACUACUGGCGCAGGAUCGAGGACGCCAUCCAGAGCGUCACCGGCGCCGUGCCCCGCAAGGACGACCAGAACUGGUCGCAGCCCGGCGCAGCCCCCAAGCAAGACUGA